AUGUCGUUGUCCGCAAAGCAGAAGAAGAUCUCUUGGAGAACGCUCCCAUCUAUCAGAAUUGAUGUGGGCCGGGACACAAGUCUCGGCACGACCAGGUUUUCCAAGGCCACAGUUGACUGCAGUCUCUUGCGAAGCUGCUCGAAAUGGGGAACAGUUAGUAACCUUUCGCCUUCGCCACAAGACGUAGGCUUGCUAUAUCUCAAAAUUUCCCUCUACCAGCCUCCGGAUUGCCGAUUGCGGUAUGUCGAGGCAGAGACUGAAGUUACUCGACAAACACCAAAGACUGGUGAAGGGCCAUACAUCUCGAUCGCUCACCCCGAACAGGUUUAUGGUCGGCCAUGGCAAGAAGCAGUCGAGACCCAAUUCGAUUUCAGUCCACAUGCCGAAGGAGCAGGCUUCGGUGGUGAUCUCGGAGGGGUUUUUCGAAAGACGAAUUCAGAACGUCAAUAUCGCUGGACCUUUACGUUGCAAAAGCACCCCGACGUUGAUGGUGAAUACACGAAACUAGCAUGGAAAUGGGAAGCGCAGCGAAAGGAUGCAUCAGCGGCCUUCGAGCGACCAAUUCACGCCGCAGUAGUGGUCGGUCAUGACAAAACGCCGUUCGCCAUACGAACCUACAUCACGGGCAAGUUCGAGUCUCGAAUAGAAGGCUUCAAAUACCUGAUAAUCGAGCGUGCGGAAGGUCAAGUCGUGCCUUUGGUGCCAGACUCAACGGCCUCGCCUGAAGACUUGACAACAAUCAUUGAAGAACUCCAGCAGAGCAUCGAAGACAAGAACCGAAAGCAGGCACCAGUAGGCAAGUUUCUCCAGAACUCCAUGUCGGUAGUUGCUCUAACGCGUGCAUAG